AUGGCUACUGAAGAAGAGGAAAUCUCCAUCCAAGAAGACCUCUCUCUGAAAAUCAAGUUAUCCAACAGGCUUGUCUUAUCAGCCAAAGAAGCUGAGUCCUUCAAAUCUGAAUGCUCUGAACUUGCUCUUCACACCACUCAACUGAUAGAGCAUCUUCUCUCCCUCGCCCGCCGGGACACCACCGCCACCUUCUACGACCGCCCUAUUCGCCGAGUGACGGCAGAGCUCUCCAAGAUUCUGCCACGGGCCAUCAGAUUGGCCCGCAGAUGUAAGCACAAGAAGUCAGCUAAAAACGUGCUUCGCCAUGUUUUCUCUGUCUCCGUUUCAGCUGAUAUUGAGAAGGUCUCCGCCCAGAUUAAGUCUUCCAUCGCUGACCUCAAGUGGCUUGUUUCUCUGCAUGAUUGCACCUCGGGUUCGGUUAAUCUUUCUCUUCCUCCUAUGGCUUGUAAUGAUCCUAUUCUUGCUUGGGUUUGGUCUUAUAUUGCUGUUUUACAUAUGGGUUCGGUGAAAGAAAGGACUGAUGCUGCUCAAGAAUUGGCUGCAAUUGCUUUGAUUAAUGAUAGGAAUAAGAAGAUUAUAAUUGAAGAAAAUGGGAUUGCCCCUUUACUUAAGCUGCUUAAGGAGAGUGUUACUUGUGAAUCCCAGAUUGCAGCUGCUUCUGCAUUGUUUAAUUUAGGGAAUUCUCCUGAGAGAGUUUGGUUGAUAGCUAAUGAUCAUGGGAUUUCGAUAAUCGUGAAGUUGCUUUUAGAGAUGCCUCCAAUGAGUGUUCAGGUUGUUUUGGUAAAUUUAGUUUGGCGGAUGGCGGAUUUGGAUGAUGGGGUUAGGGAGGAAUUUGGGAGGGAGAAUGUAGUUAGGCCAUUGGUGGUCCUGUUGGGAAUGGAUGUUGUUUUGGAUGAGUUGGUUAAGAAGGAAGAGCCAAGAAGGACGACGAGCAUGCAUUCGCUUGUUUUGAUGAAUAGGCAGAUUACUGGGAAUGGGAGUAAUGGUGUUUAUGGUAAUAGUAAAAGUUUGAAUUAUGGAGGGAAUAGGUGGGAGAAGGAGAGGGAGAAGGAGGUGGAGUCACCCGAGGUUAAGCUUAAGCUCAAGGAAAGUUGUGCAAUGGCGUUGUGGAAAUUAGUGAAAGGGAACUUGUCGAAUAGUAAGAAGAUUAUGGAGACCAAAGCAUUGCUUGUUUUGGCAAAGAUUAUUGAGAAGGAGAAGGGAGAAUUACAAUUUAAUUGUUUAAUGACAGUGAUGGAGUUAGCUGCAGUGGCUGAAUGCGACGGAGAUUUUAGAAGAAUGGCUUUUAAGCCUAAUUCGCCUGCUGCAAAAGCUAUUUUGGAUCAGCUUUUGAGGAUGAUCAAUGAGAAUGCUGACACACAGUUGUUGAUUCCAGCUAUUAAGGCCAUAGGAUGUUUGGCAAGAACGUUUCCUGCACGAGAGACAAGGAUAAUUGAGCCUUUGGUUUCACUGCUGGGGAACGUGGAUAAAGAUGUUGUUAGAGAAGUGGCUAUUACUCUGGUGAAAUUUGUGUGUCCAGAUAAUUUUAAUCAUGUGGAGCAUUCAAAAGCUGUCGUUGAGUUCAAUGGGGUGUCAAAGCUAGUGACUUUGGUGAAGACCAAUUAUGGGAGCCAAUUGUAUGGGCUUCUGUUGCUGUGCUAUCUUGCAAUGCAUGUUGGAAAUAGCAAAGCUUUUGAACAAGUGCAAGUGUUGAGUGUUCUUGAUGGGGAUGCUCAUGAUACUCUGGCUCAGUAUCCUGAUUUGAGUGAACUAUUUGCAAAGGCCAGACAUCAUCUUACUCUGUUUAAAUCUGAAGCAUGA